GCCGGAAGUGACGCGAUGUUGAUGGCCCGGCAGGUGGGAGGAGGACCAAUGGCCGAUAGUGCUUGUAAGGCGGCGGAAAGUAACGGGCGCCUUGAGUUUGCUAAAAUUCAGAUUUUGGGGAUAAGCGUCAAGAGGACCCAAUCAGCAAGACUGCAUGGAUAAUUAAAGUUUCCAAAAAUGUGCCAUGAAUUGUUACCCUUCUACUGGAAUCCACAAUUUGAAGAUGAAAGAAACAUUGGAAUGUCUUACUGUUGCUCUUUGAAGAAAUCCAGUGCUUGUUCUUUCUCUUUGAAGUUGCACUGAGUGUCAGCUUGGUUUAGUUGAUCUAAUGUGAAGAGGAAGUCUGCAGAAAAGGACGUGUGAUACUGCUGAACCUGGAACAAUGAUCAGAGCACGCACCACAGCAGCCUCUGUUCUGAAACCUAAAGCAGUCCGUAUACAUCCAUUCAUGAAUCUGUGACGUCAGUAGCUUCUGUGUUCUCUCUUGCAGCGGGGUUGCAGGAUUGUGUGGGUGGAAUUUCCCUUCUGUAUAUUACAUGGCAGGUUUGUGUGUGUUUUGCCAUCCAUAUCGUAACACCAGAAAAUGGAGCAAGAUUCUAUCCAUCCCUAUGUUGUGAUCAAUUUCUGCACUAGGAAUGAGCAUUCAGGAUUUUUAAAGCAAUAUCUCUGACUGUUGGCUUCAUGCACAUGCACACCCACAGCACAAUGACCAGUUCUCAGGAGCCCCUGGGCUGGUCUUCCUCUACAGCUAUUAUCACUAAGUCCCUCACUGAAGACAAAGAUUUCAGCGGGAUGCAUGGUGAUCAUAUACCCACUGGUCUUCAUCCUUCACCUGAGAUUAUAGAGGAUGUACAAGACAAGGGCUUACUUUACAGCAAUGCAUCAGAGAACAUGAAUAGCCCAGUUGCCACAACAGUAUUGACCAGUGUAAGUGAGGAUUCCAGGGACCAGUUUGAAAAUAGUGUGCUGCAAUUAACAGAACAAGAUGAAUUGGAAACUCCCGUUCAUCAAAACAACAGUGAUGGCAUAUCUGGAGAGACCAACAGUGGAACAGAUGAUAUCAAGAUCCAGUUCAACAGAUCAGGAAGUGGAAAUGGUGGAUUUCUUGAAGGACUCUUUGGUUGUUUGAAGCCAGUAUGGAAUAUUAUAGGGAAAGCUUAUUCCACUGACUACAAGCUGCAGCAACAAGAUACAUGGGAAGUUCCUUUUGAGGAGAUUUCUGAGCUGCAGUGGCUGGGCAGUGGAGCGCAGGGAGCUGUUUUCUUAGGUAAAUUCCGAUCAGAGGAGGUGGCCAUCAAGAAAGUGAGAGAACAAAGUGAAACUGAUAUCAAGCACUUAAGGAAGCUGAAGCAUCCUAAUAUCAUUGCUUUCAAGGGAGUUUGCACUCAGGCACCCUGCUACUGUAUAAUAAUGGAGUACUGUGCCCAUGGACAACUGUAUGAAGUGUUGCGAGCAGGAAGGAAAGUGACACCUCGUUUGCUAGUGGACUGGUCCACUGGGAUUGCUAGUGGAAUGAACUAUUUACAUCUUCAUAAAAUUAUCCACAGAGACCUCAAGUCACCCAAUGUGUUGGUUACUCAUAAUGAUGCAGUAAAAAUUUCUGAUUUUGGCACUUCUAAAGAACUCAGCGAUAAGAGUACAAAAAUGUCCUUUGCAGGGACUGUAGCUUGGAUGGCCCCAGAAGUGAUUCGUAAUGAACCUGUCUCUGAAAAGGUGGACAUCUGGUCAUUUGGAGUGGUUUUGUGGGAGCUUCUCACUGGAGAGAUUCCGUAUAAGGAUGUGGACUCCUCAGCAAUCAUCUGGGGUGUAGGCAGUAAUAGCUUGCAUCUUCCGGUGCCAUCCACCUGUCCGGAUGGAUUCAAGAUCCUUAUGAAACAAACAUGGCAAAGCAAGCCCCGGAAUCGGCCAUCUUUUCGACAGACACUUAUGCACCUUGACAUUGCAUCUGCUGAUGUGCUAGCUACCCCUCAGGAGACUUACUUCAAGUCUCAGGCCGAAUGGAGAGAAGAAGUGAAGAAGCACUUUGAAAAAAUUAAAAGUGAAGGAACUUGUAUACACCGGUUAGAUGAAGAACUGAUUCGUCGCAGAAGAGAAGAACUCAGGCACGCCUUGGACAUUCGUGAACAUUACGAAAGAAAACUAGAAAGAGCCAAUAAUUUGUAUAUGGAACUUAGUGCCAUCAUGCUACAGCUGGAGGUUCGGGAAAAGGAACUCAUCAAGCGGGAACAAGCUGUGGAAAAGAAAUAUCCUGGGACUUAUAAGCGUCAUCCAGUCCGACCAAUAAUUCAUGCCAAUGCAAUGGAAAAAUUGAUGAAGAGGAGAGGAGUAUCCCACAAAUCGGGAAGCCAGACUAAACGGCCUGAUUUGCUGAAGUCUGAUGGCAUAUCCAGCACUGAAGUGGCACCUAGUGGCUCUCCCCUCUCAGGGAGUCCCAAGAUGUCAACACUUAGUAGCAAAGGACGUUAUCGCAGCAAACCACGCCAUCGACGAGGAAACAGCAAAGGCAGCUACAAUGAUUUUUCAGGGAUCUUGAAAAGCCAGCCAGCACAAGAUGAAGUGGCCCAGCCAUCUUACCAUCAUCAGCACCCUCCGCAUCACCCUCGGCUAAACAUACAUGGGCAGGACAUAGCCAACUGUGCUAACAAUCUUCGAUAUUUUGGCCCUGCUGCUGCCUUGCGCAGUCCUCUUAGCAGUCAUGCCCAACGAAGGAUGUCUGGUUCUAGCCCUGACCUUAUUUCUGCUGCUAUGGAAGCUGAUUCACGGAGGAAUUUGCAGGAUGAGGAGGGCAAGGGUAAUGAUUGGGAAUGUUGUGAUAAAGGCACAUACAACCUCUGCCCAGAGUGCAGACCAGGAACAAACAGUACAGAUCAAGGACAGUUGCUUCAGUCAGGACUUGAGCAACCUGAAGCACCAUCAUAUGAUCCAUUGUAUUCAAAUGUGCAGUUUCCUGGCAAGAGUGAGGAAGGUGAAUUUAGCAACCACAGGUCAGUGCCAUCCCUUGGUCCCAAUCAUCCUGCGAGCACCCCGGGACUGCUGUGUAAAAUGCGACCCAUUCCAAAGAGUGGUGACUACUCUUCAGAAGAAGAAGAAGGAGAAGUAGAUAGUGAAGUGGAAUUCCCACGGAGACAGAGACCACAUCGCUGCAUCAGCAGUUGCCAGUCGUACUCAACGUUCAGCUCUGAGAACCUCUCUGUGUCUGAUGGAGAGGAGGGCAAUACCAGUGACCAUUCCAACAGCCCAGAUGAGCUUGCCAAUCGGCAGAAAGAUCAGGCGGCUGAGAAGCUGGACGACAUGCUGUCACAGACUCCAGAAUUUCCCAUUGAGAUAUCUAACCAGUCUGAUGGUCUUUCGGAUAAAGAGAGUGCUGUACGCAGAGUGAAGACACAGAUGUCACUUGGCAAGUUGUGUCCAGAGGAGCAUGGGUAUGAGAAUCCUGGGGAGUUUGGAGGAUCAGGUGGUGACUCUUCAGAUGGGGACUGCUCUGAUGCAACUGUGAGGACCAGUAAAGCCUGCAGCUCUGCAACAUUGUAAUAAUAAAUCUCCUCCCUCCUUCAGACAGUUGAUCAACUGACAUCUUGAUUCCCCCAAGAACCCUCUCUUCAUUCCUUCUUUGAGAAGCUGCUUCUCCACCCCAUCACCCAAAUGAUCUGCAAUAACUUGAAUCUUUGGAGAAAUGUUCUGAUGAAUUGGUUUCUCAGCGAGCAUUUCAAUAAUGAAUGGCAGGGAUGUAUUUUAUUGAAUAAUUGAGCUAUUGUAUCAUAUUUUUGGCAUUUUAACACUUUUUACUCUGAAGAGUGGUCUGUACCCAUAGACAAAAUAAUUAGUUGCAAAAAAUGUUCAGAAGACAAGCCUGUGAAAAAGAAUGAUCUUUUUGAGUCUUAGACAACAUACACUGAUAGGCUAGGAUCUGAUGCUGCUACGUUGAUAUGGGACCAGGCCACAGGGCUCUGAAGGGCUGGAAAUAAAGAAAGGAACUCAAUGAUUUGAUCAUAUCCAGUGAAGUGGUGGAUGAGGCAAUCUGUGAAGAAAUAUCUGUGUAAUCAGUGUAGCAUUUCCAAUAGGAGGGUGUUCACAUUCCUGGAAAGUGUGUCUGAGUCUCUGCUCCCCUGGCAUGUGAGAGUGGGAGCUAAUUGUGCUUGUUUUUAAUUGGUAUUUGGUUGGUUGUGGCAUCCUGCAUCUGUAUUCUAGCCUCAGUCUCUCUCCAGCAUUUUUUACCAUCAUUGUGCCACUGUGAGAUCAGGCGAUAAGGCAUGGAGAUGCUGGAGAAUAGAGAGAAAUGAACGUGCUGUUUGGUAAUCAUUAUCUUAGUCUCCUUUACAACCUGUCUUUUGUUUGCUUCCUUCAAUUAAAAACAAAUCGAUCAAAUUAAUGAAGAUCAAGAACUCACAAGCCAUGGAAAAAACAUUCUACACAUUCGGAGGACAAUCUGGAGGAAGGAUUCUGCUAUAAAGGACACAAUAAAGGAGGGUUGUCACUGGAUGGAACCAGGGGAAUUGCAUUGUCUGGACCACAUGAUGCACUUCUCCAAUGUUUGUCUAGUACUGUUCUGGUAGGUAAGCGCUGGCAGCGUAUCAGGCUUGAUGCAAAGUAGCAUUUGAAAAGCAGUGAUGAGUAGAGAAUGCUCCAUUUUGGGUUUGAGGGAGCCUAAGCCAUAUUUCCAUGGUAGUGGAUUUUGGACUGGAGAGGGUCUGAGAUUUGAUUUUCCUAAGGGAAAGGUAUUCCACCUUCCUUCUGCAAUACCUCAUUGUUCCUAAGCAACUCACUGGCAUUUAUAAUCAUGGCUCUUCUAAUUGAAAUGUCCAACUGGAGCAAAAAAAACAUGCACUCACACACAAAAGUUAUAAUUUGGUUUUAUAACCAAAGUGUUAACAAAAAUAUCAGCUUUGUCACAUUGUGUGUCUAGUUAAUUAUAUUCAGGGAAGAAAGGCUCUUUGUUUUGUGUGUAAAACUGUAUACCUAGCAGGAUUUAUAUUUAAGGUAGUGAGUAGCAAUUGCCCUUCUCACUAUGCCCUUAAAUCAAAGGGGAAGGAUGGGUUGCGCGCUGUGCUGCUGUUUGUUUACAUUUGAUUUGAUUUUUUAAAAUAAUUUAAUAACCUAGAGGUAAAAUGAAGGGAAAUGCAUUACUAAUACAGAGAGCAGUAUUGUAUGAGUUAAAUUAUUCCAUAUUUUUAAAAUUCUGUAGCUGGACUACAUGGAUCAUAAGUUAUCUUAUUUAUUUUAAUUUCUGUAGCUAAAAGGCAGGGUUUAUUGUAGCAUGACGAAUUGGUCCCUGUUCAGUUGCUUCAUAACUUCUUACCCCAAGAGAAGCAAGAGCCAGUAUUGUAAUAGUCUUCUAUAAGCCUAGUGAUGUGAAGGCCUGACAAAAUUUGGGAAAAAACCCAUUAUUUCCCAAGAACCAUUUAUGGGUUUUUUUCCCUGAAAAACUGGAAAAAUUGAAUAGCUUAUGAAAUAUUUUCUUUUAGAAUGUAAGGCAGGGUGCUUAUAUAUUCACCUAGCCUUUAUUCCUCCCAGUGCUUUCUAAAAAUGUUCUAAUAUUAAGAUUUUGAUAAAAAGAACAGAGAUGUAAAAUAUCUGGAUGUAAUGGAGCCAUAGGGGGAUAUUUUUAUCCUCUGUGUAAUUCCCAGCAUAGUUAUUUCUUCCAUUCCUUAUUAAAUUUAUUGAUUGAGUGCAUAUUGAUUGAAGAACAUGUAGGAAUGCUUCUAGUUAUGUAGUUUUCCCACAUGUGAAUAGAAUCACUAUAUUAUAAUAUGGAAGAAAAUGUCCAUUCUUGACAGCUUGGGUUUUAUUCUACAGAAUCCUUUCUGGGCUUGUUCUAGUAAGAUGCUAUAGCAAUCAGUCAAUGCACCCUUAGAUCUAAAACCCAGAUGUGAAAAAGUGUAGGUUAUCCCACCACUGUCACCAGAUAUGAUGGAACAACACAGUGGUUACCCACUUUUUUUUUUUUUUUUUUUUUUGCUAAUUUUGAGGCAUUGGUCUAUAGAACUCUGCCACAGAUUUUAAUAAAGUUCUCAACUAGACCUUAAGGUGAGGGAAUGCUGCCUCGCCUAUAAAACCUUGCAGUUAAAUAUGGUUUCUUACCAUUCUUAAACUGAGUCUUUUCUCACUAAAUAAAAUCUGAUUUCCUUACAAACAGUAACAGAUAUUGUAUACCAGUCUUCCUACAUCUGGCUUUUAGGAUGAACCAGAUGUUUUAGGGACUACUUUCAGAAGUUCAUUCUGAGCAGACAUAAAAUUGGAACCUUAAAUGUUUUGAAUAAUUUGGUUUGCGCGUAGAAUUCUUUUGUAUAUUAAAUUUAAAAGUAUUGUUUAUUUAGGUGAUACUUACAAAUUUAAUCAGUUUACUUAUAAAAAGUUUUAGAAGCAAACCAAGGUGUGCAUAAUACAAUUUUAGGAACAUUAAGGGUGUUUUAUGUUCCUAAAGCACCUUUCCCCAGCCUGGUGCUCUCCAGAUAUUUUGGACUACAAUGCCCAGCAUUCUUGACCAUCAACCAUGUUGUCUGGGGCUGAUGGGAGCUGAAGUCCAAAAGCAGCAAGUGGCUGCAGUACUGUAAAAAGAGUUAACAAGCAAUGCUUAUUUUUAUUCCCCCCACCCUUUCCUCCUAAUUCUGUUUUGUUUUUCCUGGGAAAAAAACUGAAAAAAUAAUGCUUUUUUAAACCCGUGGCUUCAGAAUUUCCAGAAAUUUUAAAUGUCUGUACAGGUUACUCUUACCUUGCUGGUGGACAAUAAGACAAUGGAAUAGGCCGAUACCAGCAAAUUGAUGCAGUGCUAGGUUGCAUGUGCAUGGAGUAUAAAAUGGGGCAGAUAGAGAUCGUAAAACAUGGCAUGUUUUAAACCGCUGUACUGUCAGAAAAGUGGUAUAUCAACCUGAAACGUAAACAAGUCAUCCCUGUCCACUUAAAGUGCAUCUUUCUCUCCUAAAGACAAGACUUCCUAGAGCAUUAUCUGUUUACAUCAGAUUAGUCUGAACUCUGCUCAUUUUGAACGAAGUUGUUAUUGGAAGCUUAUGUCCUUUUUGCCUAGUUAUGUAGCUUGAAGGUGAGCUGCUAUCUUUGAGGGCCCCAUAGAGGAUGUUUCUUCACACUCCAGUAAAUACAGUCUUAUUGGUAUAUGGGUCAAGUUGUGGGAGGACAGCUUAGUACUGCACAUAUUAGUACUACCACAGCCCACCUAAUUCAGUCACAUAACUUGGUGCUUCCUUUGGAAAGCUUACCCUCUUGGCACUACCUAAACUGGGGUAGUCACCAUGUACCUCCAGACCACAUAUGACUCUCACUGUGGCUGCUGUCAUCCUGCCAAAUUUGAGCUUACUUGAAUUGUUUUAGUGGGAAAAAAUAUUAAAAGGGAAAUAAAUGGCAUUGGCAGCUGCUGCAAAGCACCAAAAAGUUGUUGAAUUUUACCGUUUUGCUGCUCUGUAGCAGUUAUGAGCAGCCUUGUUUUACAACCACAUGAUCAGAUUGCCCAAAGUUUCUCACAUCUGUCAGUAGCUAUUCUGUUAGCCUUAAGUUAUUUAUGUUUGAAGUUUACCCCAUUCUUCCUGGUCACUAGACAAUUAUUCUGUUCCAUUAUGCGUGUUUUACUUAAAAGGAUGUUGUGGUGGUGAUCUCUGAAUUUUGAUCUCUGACUUUGUAAAUGCUUUGCUAAUAACAUUGGCAAACAAGCAGACUCUUUGGUAAUUACACAAUGUACCUCACUUUGUGAAAUGAAGAUUCUAGUUCAUCAACCCAGGGCUGAGUAUGUUUUGGGAAAGUCUUUUUUUUAAAUACAGCGAAGUGAGGGAUCAUGUCAAGAAUGACAGGAAGUUGCAUGUUUUUCCCAUAUGAAGACUUGCUCAGUGCUAUUUUUUCCAAACUACUUUGAGGAAUUUCAUACUACGUUUUUCAUGCCCAGGAUAUAAUGCAGAACUGUCAAGCAGGAAUUGUCAAGGAUUGUAGGCAAAGGAAUUUGUUAUGAGUCUUAAUGUGGACAUAUUGAGCCUGGAGUCUUAUGUAUGCAAAAUAUAUGCUUUACCACUGAAGUACAGCCUUUCUGUAUAGGAAUUUGCUACAUUAGAAGAGAAUGGGUCUGAUUUAAUGGUCUUUGUUGUGUCUUGUAGCCAGUGGCUAUUUGCUUUUGGUAUUUGCACAUAUGCUGCAUCUGCAGAUAUCAUGCUGCACAGUGCAUGCAGUUCUCUGUGAGAGUAUUUAAAGGUUCAUGAAGCAUUCAUGAAGGUGUAUCUCUGGCAGAAGGAUUCUCCAAAGAAAUACACUUUCCCUAGCCAUGUGUAUCCCGUGUUUCCAUUUACAUUGAAACACACAGUUUUUCCUUGACCAUGCCCCAAAAGCUCAAGGGAUUAAGGGACACUGAUUUAAAAUUUAUUGAACUGGUGGUCCCAAGAAUGUGAUGGUGUAGCUAUCAACUUGUUCUAAGAUUGUCUAAUAUUCAAACACUAAAUUCAACUGUAGAAUCUUCAGAAUUGUUAAAUAUAAUUUGUGUCAUUGAGUACAAGGAGACGAUUCUUCCAGAAGUAUUUAUUCUUUUUCCCAAAUUAGGUUGAGAAGGUGCUGUUUCAUGGUAAACUGAUAAAAAUAUGAAUUAACAUAUUAAAAUAAUUUUAAUAAUGCCAUCUAUCCCCAUGCUAUUAAACACUUUGUUAUUAACCUUCAAGGGCAGUCCUGAAUGCACAGGGUUAAAAGAAAGCAAAUAUAAUCUCGCAGCUAGAGAUCCAAGUAAGCUGCAAGCUUGUUAAGAAAGGCAGUGAUAUAGAUAAUACAGUCAAGGAGACACAGCUGAAAAUGCCAUCCCUGCAAUACUGAAAUGUCUAGGACUACCUUUUGCACAAUGCACUAAUGUCCCCUGGUGAAUUUCCUAGCCCUCUAUAUCACUGGGGGUUGCUACUGCUUGGGAUGAUGCCAUGUCACACAGUAAAUCUUAAAGCAGAGCAGGAGGAUGUGUCAUAGGGAUCUAGUUUUCAGUGACAUUGUCAUGUAGCCUGGCUUUAAGCAGAGACAUUCUGUAGUCCUAUUGUAUUCAAAAAUACUGUCCAUAUUCUGCCUCUGAGAUAACAUUGCUAACCCUAAAAUUUGGAUGAUGAGCUGUGGUAUGAAAACAUAUUGGUCUAACAGAGGUGAGAUUUUAAAUGAUUGAUGUUCUCUAAGAGUACACAGGCCAUGUGUUUAAAGUUUUUUCUUAAGUGUGAGGGCUAAAAACUUUUUAAUGUGGAAACAGACUCUCAGGUAUUUCUGUGACUUUGGGCUCUUUCAAAAGCCUGCUGUGUUCUGUAGGUCCAAUUAAAGGUACUGACUGUACCUGUUUUAUUCUCUGGGAACAACACUCCAAAGCACUAAAUAUUGAGACAUAGAAGUUUGAGAGUUGGUGAUACUGGUAGUGCGAGACACACACUGUUUUGUCUUUCUUUUUCCGAGAAAGCAUGAUGGCAAAAGAAAAUAGCCAUUAUGAUUUUUCAUACAUUACACUGAGUUUGUAUUCAAGGAACCAAGUGGUACAAGAAAUGCUUUAUUAGAGAUGUGCUAAGAAAUGCAUUUUUGUUACAAGGUAGGAAAAUAGGCCAGUCAUUGUGUUAACACUCUGAUAGCAUAUUUGGGAUGGCAAAGGAAUGGAUAAAUCUUCAUAGCAGAGUCUAAAUUGUUUUUCUUUUGAAUCUUGAUUCAAAGCCAUAAACCCAAACAUAUCAUAUUCAGAUUAUUAGAAAGUAUUGCUGUAUGUUAUCAAGGGUAAAUUUUCUUGCUGUGUUAUAGCCAUUUUGUGCAAGGGCAUUACAAAAUAAUUGCCUGAUUAAGGGCUUGCUAGUAAUGACACAGCAAUCGUAAAACAUGCUUAGAAUAAGCAAUGGGAACUGGAAAUAGCUUUGGAGUCAAAUGACUUGUUUAGGAUGUUUUCACCUCUUAUAAUUCUUAAUUAUCGGGUCCAGCUAUGAUGCAAUCAGUAUGGUGGCUAAUGAUUACUGGGAGUUAGUGGUUUUGUCUGUCAUAAAAUGAUAAUUUCAUCUCCUAUGCUGUCUUUUCUCCCUAUUCUAUGGCUUCCUGAGGCAAACUUGAUUUUUUGUAUUUGUAUUGAACAGCGUAUAACAAUUGGGAACAAGACUGACUAUCAAAACAGAUGCAUGGAAUAAAAGCCAGUGUACCUCA